ACAAGUGAACAAACCAGCCUCUCAUAUUCAAACGAAGCACGAGCGAGUGCCACCCAGCCAAAUCAAAUGACGAUGCCGGAACGUUGCAGAUCAAAGCGAAGCUCCAUCAGAAGCGAUUGAUCGGAGUUGGGGAGGAAAAUUAAUGAUUCUUAAGCUUUCUGCAAACGAAAAUAUUCCAAAAGCUUUUGUAGAGUUUGGACCAUUAAGAGAUCGAUUUUUAUUUACGUGAAGAUGGAAGACCAUGGCCAGUUGAUGGGCCUCCAAAAUGUCGACCUUCCACCCGAGAUCGUGUAUGAAAUUAUUUCAAGGCUACUAGUGAAGCCCUUGUGCCGCCUCAAGUGUGUAUCAAAGCCAUGGCGGUCCCUAAUCUCCCAUCCUGAUUUCGUUGCAAAGUACUCCAAAGCUGUUGAGAAUAAGGAUGUAUUCUUCCAAAGACGGCGCCUCCUGUUUACUUUUGGUGCCCCCGGACAUCAUUGGCUUUACUCUUUGGAUCUUAACCAGUUUCUCAAUGAGAAUCAUAAUGUUGAUGUUGAUAGUUUAGUAGCAGCACCCACUGAGCUCGACUUUGUUUACAAUCAUCUUCCAAAUGGUGGACGGGGUUGGGUUCCCUUUAUCCAUUAUUCCUGCUAUGGCUUGUUCUUGUCCAAGUUAUGUUAUGGGGACUGCGGUUUCAGUUUGAUCAACCCCGUAACCAAGGAAUCAAAGACACUACCAAAGGCACCAAUAUGGAGACUACCAAUGAAGCCCUAUUUUUGGCACUUAUAUGGACUGGGAUUUGAUUACUCCACCAAUGAAUACAAGGUAAUUAACGGGCAGGUUUAUUGUGAUGGAAUUAUUUUCGGUGUCUAUACAUUGAAGACUGAUUCUUGGCGACAGAUUGAGUGCUUAUUUCCCUACAAAGCUAAAGAUUAUGAUGGGAUCCUGGUGAAUGGUGCUGUUCAUUGGUUGGUGAGGAAAGUUGCAGAUCGAUCAUUAGUGAUUAUAUCUUUCCUUUUAACAGAGGAGGAGGUUAGAGAAAUUCCACUCCCGCCCAUUCCCAGUACUCCUGAAGGUCAACUGACGGUAUUCAGAAAUUGGCUAUGUAUAACAUUAGUAUCAACACGGACUGAAGGAGUAACAUUUAAUGAGUUAUGGGUCAUGAAGGAAUAUGGAGUGAGGGAGUCUUGGACUAAAAUGCAGGUCUGCAAACCAUAUCGGGAAUUAUCACAUUCCGGUUUCUGGACAGAAUCUCAUGAUCUGAUGGUUUUUGAUAAGUCAUCAUUAGUUAUGUACAAUUUUGAUGAUGGAACAUUUUGGAAUCUGUCAAUUGGUUGUCUUCGCGAAGAUGGUGGUUUUGGCAGCGUUGGUAUCUAUGUGGAGAGCCUCCUACCUUCACUCACCGAUCAAGAACAGCGUAAGAGGAUUAAAGAAGAUGAAUCCACACAGUGACAUCUUCGAAUAUUUAUUCCUUUCUUUUAGCAUUACCUCUGCGAUUGUUAUGUGAGGAGGCUCUUGUAUGUACAAGUCCAGUGCUGGGAUUGUAUUACUCAACUGUUAUUCAAGUCUUUCAAAUAGACUUGGGACUUCUUAUAUAUGUGCCUUUGUAACAUCAGUAUUUUCCGCUUAUUUGAAACAAAUAUUCAUGGAUAUGUUUCUCUCUUUUCUUUUUUUCUGAUCGUUCCCUAUAUGAUUUGGAUCAGCUCUGCAUCGAAUAAAUCCAUAUAACAGCA